UAGUAUUUCAUUUUCCAUAGGAAGAGGACGCUUUUGCAAAAUAAGAAGAAAACCACCUAGGAUAGACGGAAGAUGUCAAAAGCUAGUGUUCCCGAUUUGAAAAAAUAUUUGGACAAGCAGGUUUUUGUUCAAUUGAACGGUUCUCGCAAAGUAUAUGGCGUUUUGCGUGGCUACGAUAUUUUUCUGAACAUUGUCCUUGAAGACACUACCGAAGAGAAAGCAAAUGGUGAAAAAGUCAAAAUCGGGUCUGUUACCAUUCGCGGUAAUUCUGUAAUUAUGAUAGAGGCUCUAGAGAAGAUAUCCUAAAAUAGACGUGAUAAACCAUCGUUUCAUAGUCAAUGGUUUUCCGAAUGCGGCAUAGAAAGGUCUUCGCUUUUGAAAUAGAGAACGGGAAAAUUCAUGAUGUUUGUUUUCAAAGGUGCAAAUAGUUUUCAUGCAUAGAACGAUUGUUGCUCGAGGAAGUCGAGCGUGAUACGGUAAGAACUAUCCUCGAGUUCUUUUAGGUGAGUGUUUGACAAGAGUCGUUUGCCUGGAUGCAUCGGACAAGAUACAGUUGUUAGACCCAAGACACGAUGAAUAAAAAUACCAAUCUACGAAACCUUCAACGAAUGGUUGAUGAAGUCAGCUUAGAUAUCUUUUAAACGGUUUAGUUUCUUGGUGAAAUAUAGAGGACGAACUUGAGUAUAAACUAGGAGUAGUAAGAAUUUACAUGAAGGGGCAUUAAGCAAUCCAUU